UUGGGAGUAUUCCCGUCGACGACGCACACUAUCCCCGUUGCUCGGCAAUUCGAGAGUCGUUAUCGCCGAUCGUCUCGUCUUAGCCGCUGAAACGAAGCCAAAGCGAACCGCUCGUAUAUAAACCCAGUCUCCCUCGCUGCGUUCCGCUCCAAAAUCCCCUGGCUUCCUCUUGCGCUCGCUCACCCCUCCUCCGCGGUAUCUACCUUAUCGUUUCGCUUUCCCUCGAUCGGUCCGUCGCCGCCGCCUCGAGUCCCUGCCCCCCGGCCAUGUCGAGACGCGUGCUGGUCACGGGCGGCGCGGGCUACAUCGGGAGCCACACCGUGCUGCAGCUCCUCCUCGAGGGGUUCACCGUCGUCAUGGUGGAUAACCUCGACAACUCCUCCGAGGUCGCCGUCCAGCGCGUCGCUGAACUCGCCGGCGACCACGGCAAAAACUUGAGCGUUUAUCAGAUUGAUAUUCGGGAUAGAGAAGCAUUAGAAACAGUUUUUGCUUCAACAAAGUUUGAUGCUGUUAUACACUUUGCUGGUCUAAAGGCUGUAGGUGAAAGUGUUCAUAAACCUUUGCUUUAUUACAAAAAUAACAUCAUUGGUACAAUUACUCUUUUGGAAGUAAUGGCAUCACAUGGGUGCAAAAAGCUGGUGUUCUCAUCGUCUGCUACUGUUUACGGAUGGCCUAAGGAGUUGCCCUGUACAGAAGAAUCCCCUUUAUGUGCAAUGAAUCCCUAUGGCCGAACAAAGCUUAUGAUUGAAGAUAUAUGCCGUGAUAUCCAUCAUGCAGAUGAUGAAUGGAAGAUAAUGUUAUUAAGAUAUUUCAAUCCUGUUGGAGCUCAUCCAAGUGGACGUAUUGGUGAAGAUCCUCGCGGAAUUCCCAAUAAUCUCAUGCCCGUUGUCCAGCAAGUUGCUGUUGGGAGGAGACCCGCAUUAACAGUGUUUGGAAAUGACUAUUCAACCAAGGAUGGCACAGGGGUAAGGGACUACAUCCAUGUUGUUGAUUUAGCAGAUGGGCAUAUUGCGGCCCUGCAGAAGCUCUUUGAUGACCCCAGCGUAGGUUGUGAAGUUUAUAAUCUAGGGACUGGAAAGGGAACAUCAGUGCUGGAAAUGGUGGCAGCUUUUGAGAAGGCAUCUGGAAAGAAAAUUCCUUUGAUCAUGGCUGGAAGGCGACCUGGUGAUGCUGAAAUUCUUUACGCAUCCACCGCCAAAGCAGAAAAGGAACUCAAUUGGAAAGCGAAGUAUGGCAUCGAAGAGAUGUGCCAUGAUCAAUGGAACUGGGCUAGCAAGAACCCCUGGGGAUACGAAUCGCCUGACCCUGCUAACCGAGGAAGCUCUAUUCUGUGAUAACAGCACUUCGUCGACACAUUUAGAGAUAUCACUAAUUGUGAGACUACAUGUAAAUGUGGCAUUAGGUCAAGCCAUAGGUCCCUCAUCUGAUGGUUUCAUGAAUAAAUAAGCUUCUAUUAUGACAGAGGCAUCGUAGUCAAAAGGCAUCUUUGCAUUUUCUUCAAAUAGGUUUAUUCUCUGCCAAAUUCAUAGACCUCAGGUGAAUGUUUAUAACAUGUCUAACAGUGAUAUGUUCAGAAACUGGGGACAGAUGAUGGUAUAUGAAGCAUUUCAGAAAUUGGUGCUCAUCAAGUCUUUUCUCCUU